AUGAUCAGAGAUCCUGAGACUGCAUCACGAGAGUCCGUCACGACGUCCAUCGCUUCCUCCGAUACUUUGCGUCGUAGCGCCAACGCCAACGCCAACAGCGAUGAGGAUUGGCACCGGCUCCAAGUCACGAUCCGAGUUUCUCCCGACGCCAUGUUGCUCGGCCAUCGAGAUAUGACGGCAGCGUGGAAGUUGUUUCUAUGUGGGAAUGGCUCGCCCACGCACCAUUUGGGACUACUUACGGGCUCGUUGACCGAAGUGGAUGUGCUUGGCAUGCGUUCAGUGGGCGCGAGCUUGGACAACGCACCGUCAGAGGUCGAGGCGAUUGCUGCACCACGUUGUCGACGUCAAGUGUGGCUACGAAAUGCUCGAGGCGAGCGUCUGGGCUACGCCGCGUCGUGGAUCAAUUUCGACGACGUCGGCGCCGUGUUCAAGGACACGAAGGUCCCCAUUGGUAAGAACAUUGUGCAGCACAAGACCGAGCUGUACCGCGAGAUGAUAAGCGUCUUCUGUGGCCACUCGAGUGCCCUUGAGAAGGCGUUUGCCGCGCCGGGACCGUUUUGGGGACGGUCGUAUCUUUUCUGGAGCGGUGGACGGCCUGUGACGUUCAUCUACGAAGUGUUUUCGCCUGUGCUCGAGCAGUACAUGGGCAAAGUGCUGGCAUAG